AUGGGUUUAUUUACCAACAGCAAAAUAGAAAAUCAAAGUUUGAAGACAGUCGAUGAAGAGCUCUGCGACGGCGUGUGGGACAGCCCCUCCCCUCUAUGCUGUGAGGCAGGUCCGGGGCCCCUCCCCUCUGUAAGCUGUGUGGUGGCUCCUGGCCCCUCCCUCAUAUCAGUGAAGUCAGAGAGGGAGUCCCAGGGGCCCUCAGGCAGCGGGAGCCUCCCUCCUGCUGCUCAGAGCAUCUGUGACUGGCAGCCCGCUCACUGCCCACACAGGACCCUGCUCUGA